AUUUCCUGCAGAAUUCUCUCACCGGUGCUUGGGAGCAGUACAGACUGUACAAAGUAAUAGCCAUGUAGUAGGGUUGUAGAAAGAUGGCUUCUGUAUUACCUUUCAGCUGAUGCAGUGCACAGUAAAUAAGUUUGUGCUUGUUUUUUUCAUUAACUUCUUUCCUCUGGCUUCAACUCUUAGUUCCUGGGGUGGAGUAAAACAGAACAUAGUGUUGGUUGCUUCCCUUCCCCUCUAUGAAGAAUGUUGGUUUUAUGGGAAUGUAGGGUAUAUGGGAAUAGCUGAGUUGCUAACUUCCCAUAGCUAAUAACUUCUGAGUUAAUUGUACAGCCUGGUUGAUGGAACUGAUGCAUCAAGGUGUAGUGCUAAGCCUUAUCAGGCUAGAACUUCUCACAGUUUGGAAUGCUACUCCUUUUUUCCUGCCUUUUGGGUUCUUCACAGUUUGUGAACGCCAAAAGUUGGUUUAUUUAUUCAGUGAAGAGUGCUUUGACUCUCUGUCAGUAAGCAGAAUGGGAGUAUGCGGAGAAUAAGUGUAGUUUUGAAUGAAAAUUUACCAAUCUUCAGAAAUGAACAGUACAUUGACCAGACUGCUUGGAUUUAUUCUUGUGUGUGCAGGUCUAGUUUGGAGGUAGCUGUUCCUGUUACAUACAACACCAGUUUCAGAUGUACACAAAGCCAGAUUUGCCUUUGUGGCCCCAGUGGUGGGGUAAACCAUGAAGUUGUGCUUCGGAUACGGUGUGUGUUCAGUUACGCCUUUAUGUUGACUUAUUUUGAAAGGUAAGAGGCUGUGAGCUUUGUGCAGUGUGUCAGUGAUAUCCAGACUGAAGCAAAAAAUCUGACUGCAGCAGCAUUUGACUGCUGCAGUUCCAAGAUGUGGAUUUCGUGCAGAUAUAGCCCAAGUGUCAAACUAGCUUGCUCAAGUACCACUGACUGGCAAGCUGUGGUCUUGCAAACUUCCACACAGGUUACAAAUGAAGUCUCCUGAAGGUGUAACUCAGCUCCAGAAGUUGGAGUUGGGUAUCCAUGCGGUGUGUCUGGGGACCCAUUGGCAUCCUUUAUUUGCAGAGGGCAGCCUGAUGUUCCAGGAGGCAGCCAUGAGCACUUGCCCUUUUUUCCAGGAGACUGGUCUCCCUGAAUCUCCUGGUUGGGAGUACUGAAUACGACCCUGCUUUGGCAUUUCUUGAGUGAUCAAAGUAAAGAUUUUUGUUGCUGACUUACUUCUGAAAUUAAUGAACCAGUGAGGAGAAACUCUCUGAAUCUAUAUACAUCAAAGUCAACAGAGGGGCUUUCAUGUUUGCCUUACCUCCCAUGCCCCCUCACAAAAGCCUUAGCAAGGUCAAUUGGAGGAGCUCCCUGUUAUGCCUCAGAGCUGUGGGAUGAAUCACUGCUGUCCAUUCCUGGCAGAAAGAGUGCUUGAGCGCAUCUUGUGGGGGACUUGCUUCCCUGAAGCCCUUAUCUGGCACCUGCAGUCCCUCCAUAACCUGAUGCAGUCUGGCAAAUGCACCAAACAGGCUGCUAGCGUGUCAGCUCACCCUGCUUUGCGCUUCCUCAGGGGGUGCAAAGUCUUAAUGUUCACUACUUUUGCUGUGCUGGUCCUUGUUCCACCAUGCUAAGCUUAUAAAGUAGAAUAAAAAGUUUGUUUUAACAUAUUUCAGACUGAGGUUUUGGAGGCAUGUGGACACACAGAGCUUACAAGUCAGCUCUAAUCUACUUUGGGACAAUGCUUAUGCUUAGCUGUACUGAAUGAUUUAGAGGCUUUGUAUGUCCCACAAAGCCUGAGGCACAGGUUAGCCUGGGAGCUGGUAACCCAGAUUGUAGUUAGCAUCUCUGCCUCUGAUAGUGGCUGUCUACAGUAAAAGAAAGUCUAGAAAUGCCUGUACUGUAUGGUUAAACACUGGAACUUUUAGUCCUAAGAUAAAGUGAGGACAAAUUCUUUGUGCCCCAGAAGUGGUUAUUCUCCCCAUAAAUCAUAAACGGACACUUCUAACUGGACUGGGAGAGAGAUUUUUAUAUGGCCCAGUUAAGUCCAUCUGCCUGCACUUGAGGUGGAAGAAGAAACAUUUUUCAGGCUGUUUAUAUACCCUGUUGUGAAGUUUUCUGCCUGCAGAUUCCUGUUCAGCUCUUUUUAUAAUAAUAAAAGUGAGGAGGUGACAGUGAACUUCAGUUAUGUCAUAUAAGAAAUAUUUGAAGGAAAGACCCCUCUGGAAGGUUAUAAAAGAGAAAAACAGCCCUUAAACAGGAAUAUGACAGUCUGUCAAGAGGCAGGUCAUCAACAAAAUAUUGAGGAGCAGGGGAAAAAGAUGGUGGGAACCCUGUGCAGCGCAGUGUAGUCUCAGAGCCCAGACACAAAAUGAAACACAAAAUCUUGUAAGAGACAGUUGACAGAGCUGAAAUGGGAGUCAGCUAGGACAGGAAGCUUAGGUUUUAAACUGUGCCAUUUGCUUCUCCUGGAGGCAGUAGUCACUUUAGUUGAUUAAAACUAAGAAAAACUGAAGCCUAAUUAGAUAUUGUCUUUAAUUCCAGGAAAUAAGAAACUUUUCUAGUCACUGGGAAAGCUAAAGCUUUACUGUUAACACAGGCACUUAAAGCUAGACGUACCUCUUUCUGUUGUGUUCUUUAAGGGUUGGAAAUAGAGGGUGGGAAACAGCCAUGAACUGGGUUGUCCAUUACAGCCACAUUUUUUCUUCCUUCUCUGUGCUUCAGGCUAUUUAUUCUUGCUGGGAGCUUUCUGAGUUGUAGAAAGAACUUUUUUACAAAUCCGAAAUGCUGUUCGUACCCCCUGGGUGAAUUUGUGUUCCUCACUUGUGCCUGAUUCUUGUUAUUUAUGUGUGUCCCUCUUAGCACUUUAGUUGCACAGCCUUAGUUAAUCUGAUUAUCCUUAGGAAGGACUGAAGUUUCAGUCAUUUUCAGAGACACUGUGAUUUAGGGCCCUUUUUGUAAAGAGAUUUUAUCUGGGUUCGACUUGCUCUGCGAAGGUUCAUUGUUCACACAACAACUGAUUGCAGUAUUUCUACGAACUGCAUGAAGUCUUCACCCUGAUGGGUUUUAAUUAAAUGCAAAAUUACCCAAAGCUCAAUUUGCCUUUAUAAGAAGUAUUUUGUAAUAUGUUUCAAGUUGGAUGUCCUGGCUCCAGCUGCUGCCACAGAUGCUCUGUGCAGAGAUGUGCUUUCUUUUGGUGUGCAUAAAACUGUCUAAUAAUCUGAAAAAAUUACUUUGCAAAAUGUAGAUCCCUGGUGUAGGGCUGUGUUAAUGACAUAAGGAUCUAUCAGGGCAGUUUAAUGAUGCUCAGUGUUGCAUUGCAGUUUCUGUUAAUCUGUGGGGAAAAUCACUGCUGUUUUGUUUUCCUUCGGUAGUGGCGUAUUGAAGCUGAUAAAUUGCACAGAGAAAUUUAGGUUGGAAGGGACCUCUGGCGGUCAUCUGGUCCAACCUGCUGGUCAAAGCAUGCUCAACUAGAUCAGAUUCCAUUGUGAUUGGAUUUUGGGUUGGUCUUGCAGUUUUUGUUAUCUUCAUGUUUUUCGUCCUGACCCUGCUGACGAAGACAGGAGCACCACAUCAAGACAAUGCAGAACCUUCUGGAAAAAGAUUUCGCAUGAAUAGCUUUGUGGCAGAUUUUGGAAGGCCUCUGGAGUCGGAGAGGGUCUUUUCUCACCAAAUAACUGAAGAAUCACAGUCACUUUUCCAUUUCUGUAUUAAUGAAGUGGAACAUUUGGACAAAGCAAAACAAAAUCAGAAAGGUCCAGGUCUGGAGAGUAAUACCCAUUUCCAGGAAGCUCCCAAGAGCAGCGGUAUGUUUGAGGAAGACCUACAUUGUCUUACAAAAUUUAACAUUCCUAACUUUGUGAAUGCUGAGCAGAACUCUUCGCUAGGUGAGGAUGAUCUCCUCAUCUCAGAGGCACCAGUCGUUUCAGAUAGCAGAUCAAUCAUGCAAUCUUCCCAUCGGAUCCUUGACUAAAAAGCCUUUUACUUUAAGGUAAACAUUCCUGUUACUCUCCAGUUUGAAGCCCUUUGUGGACUUCUGGUAUUGUGAUAGAAGGUAUUUCAG